AUGAAAUUGUUUCUUAUUAUCGGUUAUAUUCUGUGGAUUUCAUGUUCCAAAAGCGUUGAUUUUUAAGUGAUACUUUCAUAAAUAGAUUAACAUCAUCUUGGCUAAACAUUUUUAAAUGCUCUACAAAUAGGCUUAUCAAGUGGGUCGCCUGUUCAUGAGAUUCAAAGUUACUUGAAUAAUAUUAGGUAUCUAAUUUUCAUUCUAAAUAAGGUUCAUGCUUGAAUAAGAAUAAAAAGAGGCAGAUAUCUUUAUUUAAAGUACAUAAGCCAAAUGUUAGAGAUUAUUACAUGAUUUUUCAACCAAUUAUGCAUAUCAUAGUAGUUAAUUACUAGCAAAUCAAAAGAUUAUGUAGGUACACACUUGGUUUCAUUUAAGGAAAACACAGAAAAUCUACAAAGAGCAUUAAAUAAAAUAGCGGAAGUUAGUGUGGAAAUUGAAUAAAAUAUAAUGAAAACUAAUGCUGGUUAAAGUGAAAGAGAUCUACAAUAUUCUGAAUUCUAAACUACUAUUAAAGAUCAUAAUGAAGCUAUUUCAGCCAUUGAUGAAGCUUAUGCACUUAUUGAACAUUUAGCUAAUGGAUCAUCAUUUAUUUAAGUUAAAGGCCGUUUCAAUAAAGUUAUAAAUCGACUCACUUAACAAUCAUCAGGAAUUACUCAUCUCUUUUAACCAAUCAUAACUAUGAUGUCCUAAUUAGCUAGCAAUACAGAUGAAGCAAAAAAACUACUACUUUUAUUAAGUGGAUUGAAAAUCUAAAUUUUGGAAGACAAAAGUAAAGAUGAGGAUCUUGAAAAAGUGGCUGUUUUGAAUUGGUAACAAUUUUCUAAUGAUUUGAUUAAUGAAUAAAAUACUCUUUCUGAUCAAAGACAAAAUUUAGAAUAAGCUAUACUUAAUUAUUAGAGUAUCAUUGAAGAGUCUAAAGAAAAGUCAUAAUACCAUUAGGUUGAAUUUAUUAGAAAUAAAGUAUAAUAGUAUUUAAUUAGGAAAAUGUGGAAAAUCAAGAUAUAUGGUGUAGACAACAAUAAGAUCUUUAUUCAAUCGAUUCGUAAUCAAGAAAUGAAGCAUCGUCAUUAGUUUCAAAAAUAAUAGAUCAUAUGUAAGAUAAAAUUGUGACUUUAAAAGAAUAUUUAAGAGAGAGACAUCAAAUUCAGUGA